UCCUGAGUUGUCCUUGUUGUUUAGAUACGAGUUUGAUGGUUAAGGCAGUUCGCACCGAAAUUCCUUGUUUCAGUGCCAAAAAACUUUCCCAUCGCAGACGUGUUUAUGACGUGACGUAUGAUUAUAACGGAACUGUCUCCGGUCACCGUCAAACGCACUUUGCACAUCAGCCAAAUCCACAGCCAAUGCUAACUGCAUGAGGCUCACCAGCUGCUUUUGGUGAGGAAGUGUGGUUAGAUCUAUAGUGAACUAAACACAAUAUUAGGCAGCUACAGCGUAUUCGUAUUUCCUUCGAUUUGGCUUAUGGACAAGGAUAAAUUGACGCGAAGCAAUAUUUUAACACGCACGCAUUGCAAUGGGUUGAAUCUAUGAAGACUGUGGAUCUGAGUCAGUCUGACCGCUUGCUUUUCGUCUUUGACCCAUUUGAAUGGGCCAACCCGUGACGUCACUCGGCUACUCAUUAAUUUUUCCGAGCAUGCUGCGCACAACAACAUUCAGUCGCACCGGUUAGAAGCAGCCGGAAUUGAGGAAGUUUCCAUCCAAAGGUGCCUGUCUGGGAACUACCGCUAGAAUGGGGUCUAACGGAGACCUCAACGCAAACUCCGAGUGUCUCGGCAGCACUGGGGACCCGAUCCUGGACAAAGCGGUCAGUCAGUGGAUUACCUGGGAUAAGAAUCGUCAAACACGGGAGCAGAUUGAGACUCUGGUGCGAGAGGGCCGUGUGGUGGAGCUGAAGAGGAGGUUGUGCUCCAGGAUGACGUUUGGAACAGCUGGCCUAAGAGCCGCCAUGGGGGCGGGAUUUGCUCGCAUCAACGACCUGACUAUCAUUCAGUCUACCCAGGGGAUGUACAAAUACUUAGCCAAAUAUUUCCCUGACCUAAACACAAGAGGACUGGUAGUUGGAUAUGACACUCGUGCCCAAGCAAGCAGUGGCUGCACCAGUGAACGACUUGCAAGGUUGACUGCAGCUGUUUUUCUUUGUAAAGAUAUCCCUUGUUAUCUGUUCUCUACAUAUGUGCCUACCCCAUUUGUGCCGUACGCUGUGAUGAAGUAUGGAGCUGCAGCUGGAGUCAUGAUCACUGCUUCUCAUAACAGAAAAGAGGACAAUGGAUAUAAGGUUUACUGGCACAAUGGAGCGCAGAUCUCCUCGCCACAUGAUAAGGAGAUCUUGUGUUGCAUUGAGGAGAGUACUGAGCCCUGGGUUGAGUCCUGGAAUGAGGACCUAGUUGAGAGCAGCCCACUAAGGAAAGACCCUCUAGAGGAUGUCUGCCGCUGGUACAUGGAAGAGCUAAGCACUGUCUGCUUCCACAGAGAACUUAAUGCAAAGUCUCCGCUGAAGUUUGUCCAUUCAUCUUUCCAUGGUGUUGGUCACAACUAUGUCCAGAGAGCUUUUCAGCAAUUUGGCUUCCCACCUCCUAUCCCUGUUCCAGAGCAGAAAGAUCCUGAUCCAGAUUUUUCCACUGUCAGUUGUCCUAAUCCAGAGGAAGGACAAUCAGUCUUGAAAUUGUCCCUUCAUUUAGCUGAGAGAGAAGGGGCCCGCAUUGUGGUGGCCACAGACCCUGAUGCUGAUCGCCUUGCUGUUGCAGAGCAGAAUGACAAUUGCGGUUGGAAAGUGUUCACGGGAAAUGAGUUAGCUGCAUUGCUUGGUUGGUGGAUGUUAUUUAACUGGAAGGAAGCACACCCAGACCCAGCAGACACUGAGAGAGUAUACAUGCUGGCCACCACUGUUUCAUCCAAAAUACUUGAGGCUUUUGCACGCAUAGAGGGUUUCCAUUUUGAGGAAACAUUGCCAGGCUUCAAGUGGAUUGGAAAUAGAAUCCAUGAGUUAACAAAAACAGGAAAGGAGGUCAUUUUUUCCUUUGAAGAAUCCAUUGGCUUUCUGUGUGGAAACAUGGUUCUUGAUAAGGAUGGAGUCAGUACAGCAGUGGUUGUGGCUGAGAUGGCUGCUUAUCUACACACCAAAAACCUUUCCUUGACCCAACAACUAUGUAACAUCUAUGAAAUAUAUGGCUAUCACAUUUCCAGAACCUCCUAUGUCAUUUGCCAUGACCCUCCCACUAUCAAUAGAAUAUUUAGCCAUCUGCGCAACUUCGGAGGUCAGGGUGUAUACCCAGGGUUAUGUGGUGGUUACUGCAUCACACACAUCAGAGAUGUGACCACUGGUUAUGACAGCAGUCAGCCUGACAAAAAAUGUGUCCUUCCCCUGUCCAAAAACAGCCAAAUGGUCACAUUCACAUUUCAGAAUGGCAUUGUUGCUACUCUGAGGACCAGCGGGACUGAGCCAAAGAUCAAGUAUUACACCGAAUUCUGUGCAUCACCAGGAGAACGAGAUAUCUCUAGUCUGGAGGAAGAGUUAAGAAAAGUGACCACUGCUCUAGUCGAAGAGUUUCUAGAACCUGACAAGAACAACCUGAUUUGCAGAUCAGAAUAGCUUUAUUUUAGUUCUAGUGGGAAGUUUGUUGUCCUCAUGGGCAUCUCAUUUAAAAUCAGCCCCAAAGGCCGGUCAGUAAACUGUCCUGUGAAUGUUGUUUUAUCACUGUGAAAUAAUUUAAAGCAUAAUCACUUUAUGGCUUUCAAACCAAGAAAGAAAUAUUCAAGUAAACAUGACCGCUUGUUUUUCAUUUUAGUAGUUUAUAAAUGGCACAUUUUGACAUGAUAAUUUUCUUUUAGAACACAACCGAAUGUAUCUCGAUGAGAGAGAAUUAAUCGCAAGGCUUUCGUUUUAUUUCUAUUACUUGUUUCAAGAAACCAUCUCAGUUUUGCCUUCGUCUUUGAGUUUUCUACAUUAUCACCUUUAUAGUUCUGUUGCUUCAGGGCACUUGAUAUGGGGUCAGGAUUUAAACUGUUCAUCUUUCUCAUUUGAUAAACAUUUACUCCACCUAGACCUGUUUUCAUAACCUCUGGUUUGUUCGUUAUUCUUAAAGAAGAUUUACUCAUAGAGCUGCAGCUGCUGCUACCGUUACAUUAAGAGCAUGUGUAGCCUAUUUGUGUGGACUCAUAAACAUGUCCAUAUUAGAUACUGUAUAGUGUUGAUGUUCAACUCUUUUUUUGUAGUUAUAUGCAAUGAUAGGAAGCAAAGCAGAACAGCUCCACUGAAAUCACGCUGAGAAAGAGGAUGCUGCUGUCUUGAGCUUACUAAGCAGAUUUGACUCUUGUGGGUUGAAUGCUAGAUGUAAUCUAAGUGUGUCUGUUAUUGUCCUAUUCACAUUGCCCUUUAUUGCCCACUUUAAUAGAAGUUAAGUUAAGCCUGAUUAAAAGUAGAAAUGUCAAUAAUGAGUUAUGAGAGAGAGAGAGAGACCCUUAAUUGUACUAUACUUAUACAUAAUGAUCAGGCAAGAUGUUUUACUCUUUAACAGUUUGGUUAUUCGAACACCCACACAAAAUUAUGUUCAAGUUCAAAUAAGAAAAACAGUGGUCUGUAAUGCUAGUGUUUCACAAUUUUGUCAUAUUUUGUCAAACAAAUCAUAUUCUUUGACAAAGUAACUUUGUUCUUAAAAAACACAUUUAAAAGUCCUUAAAACAAGAUAAAUUAAUCUGAUAAGACUGCACAAGACUGUAUCUUGAAUAUACGUGUAUUUUGCCUUGGUGCACUGUCAAGUGAAAAAUCUGCCAGUGCCACACAACAAAAAAAAACACUUAUUUAAAAGAUUAUCUGAAAUGAGUCUUACCAAAUUAACUUAGGUAAAUUCAAGGUAAAUUGCUUUGGAUGUUUAGAUACUUAUACUGGAAAACAAGAAAAAAAAAAAAAAAAAAAAAACAUUUGUUUCGUUCUAAGUUCUCUUGCACUUAUCCUUGUAAAAAGACUAAAUGUUAGUUAGCGCUGUCUUUUCUGAAGUAAAGGUUCUUUUUAAAGUGCAAUUUAAUAACUGCCCUAUAUAUUUAUGUUGCCCUAUGGCUAUGCAGUCAGUCAAAAAGCAAUUUCUGACAUUUUGUUUUUACCAUUGUAUUUAUACUAUAUUUAUGAAUUGAAUUUAUUCUUUACUCUCAUAACAUUUAUUUGUGCCAUUAAAUACCCAGACUGCUGUUGUUGUACUGUAACACUGAGUGUGUAUUACAAAUAUCCUUAGUGUGUUGUUUGAUUGAAGACAAGGCAUAUUCUUGAUUUUGUGUGUUACUCUGAUUAUUCAAUGAUUUGCUUUCCAAAAAAAAUGUAAUGUAAACUUAUUUAGUAGGUUCUUUAUGAAAUCAGUUUAAGUAAAUGCAGCUAAAUUAAUAUUUUGGUUUUCCACACUGGUCAAGAUGGUCAAAAAGAGUGUAACUGAUAUAAUUUUUGAGGUGGAAAAAAAGAAAAAGAAAAAAAAAACAGAUAUAUAUAUAGAGAGAGAGUGAAUGAAGAACCAUAUUUUUUUCUUUUCUGUGUAAGUGUUUCAAGUUUCAAGGCAAAUAUUUAUUUGCAGUGCAGCUGUGAUAUUCCUUAUACUGUAUAUGAUGUAUAUUGUAUGUCAACCCUUAUACAAAUGAAAUGUUGUAUUUGUAGCAUGUUGCAAUUACUUUUUGGGGGAAAGACUUGUAUGAACUUUCAAUUUUGGGCAGUAUUCUAAGCCAAGUAACCUGUGAGCUACAGUGGCAAGUAAAAGUAUGAGAACCCUUUGGAGUUACCUG